AACCUCCCCGGCUCGGCUCGCGCCUCCAGUUCCGGCCAGCGCGCGCGCGGCUUCUUGGGAAACGUAGUUCGUAAUUGGCAAACGCAAGUCCGAGGGCCACCGAGACGGCCUGAAAUUGGAGUAUAGUUCGAAGCCAGUACCUAAAGCAGUGUUGUUGUUGUUGUUAUGAUGAUCAUCAUCCCUUGCAUAGAGAAUAUUUGGACCCAAUUGUUACAACUUGGGUAGGUAAUUCUUUUAGGUUCCCUGUAGAAAAUCGCCUCUUUGUAGUUGUCGUUUUUGGUCCGAAGCAUUUUAAGCACGGCUCCUUCUCUUCGGAAUGGCGUUAACUCAUCUUUUUUAAUGGACGUAACUUCAUCUUUUUUAAUGACUGCAACUGUAACUGCGGAGACAGCCGCGGCUAUUGAUUUGCCCGGCCUUCGCUCACCGGAAGAGGUUGAAAGAAGCGGCAAAAAGAGAGUCCUUCUGCGGCAUAAAAGAAAGCUAACCUUGGACGUGCCCUGCAUCUUUUCCGACUAUGAGCAGCUGCGGAGAGGAAGAGUUUGAGCCAUCGGCGCUGGGGACCAAAGAACACUGGGAUGCAACAUAUGAACAAGAACUGCAUAAUUUUAAAGAAAGUGGUGAUACUGGGGAUAUUUGGUUUGGUGAAGAAAGCAUGACUCGUAUAAUCAGAUGGCUAGAAAAGCAAAAGAUACCUCUGGAUACUUCUGUCCUUGACAUUGGAACAGGAAAUGGCAUUUUGCUGGUUGAAUUGAGUAAAUCUGGUUAUACCAAUCUUACAGGAGUUGAUUACUCCUCUUCUGCAAUACAACUUUCAAAAAAUAUAAUGCAAAAAGAAGGGCUGCCUUAUAUUAAACUGCUGAUUGAAGACAUUUUAAAUCCCUCAGAUGAAUUAUCAAGUUUUCAGAUCUGCAUCGAUAAAGGAACUUUUGAUGCUAUUAGUCUGAGCCCAGAUGGUGCAACUGAGAAAAGGAAACAGUAUGUUAAAUCCCUGCAAAGGCUAUUGAGAUCAAAUGGCUUUUUCCUCAUUACAUCUUGUAACUGGACUAAAGAAGAACUGUGCAAACAAUUUGAAGAAGGGUUUCUGCUUUUGGAGGAACUGUCAACACCAACCUUCUAUUUUGGAGGAAGAACUGGAACUAAUGUAACUGCUUUGGUUUUACAAAAAACAUAAACGUUUUUGAUAAAUUUUGGGAUGAAGAUCUCCUUUUAUGAAUUUUGGAUUAAAACACAAAACUGGAUUAAAAAGUGAAAUACAAGUUUUAGAAAUUUGA